AUAAAACAUUACAUUCCUCAACCUUAUAUUAUACAUGCAAUAGUACCCUGUUGGUCUACUUAGACAUGGUUAAUUGCUUGAUGUUACUAACAAAAGUUGGUGAGACCAAAACCAAUAACCAUCCAUUGAAGGUUGGUGGCUUUAAGUGCAAGACAUGUCAUAGGAGGUUCCUAUCUUUUCAAGCACUUGGAGGACACAGAGCGAGUCAUAAGAAGCUUAAGCUCAUGAUGGGUGCAGAUCUUUCGUGUCAAUUACCAUCAAGUUCUUCGUCAUCAUCGUGGAACAUGAUGACGAAGAACAAGAUGCACUCGUGUUCUAUUUGUGGGCUCGAGUUUGCGGUUGGACAAGCCCUUGGAGGACAUAUGAGAAAGCAUAGAAAUGGUGGAAUGGUAAUUCAUGAUCAUGGUGCCAUGACCAAAUCUACUAGUGAUGGUAGUGUUAAAACUAGAAGGUUUAAUUUGUGCUUAGACUUGAACCUCACGCCCUCUGAGAAUGAUCUCAAGCUUAAUUAACCUAAAGACUCCUAUGUUGGAUUGUUUUAUUUGAUUAUUGGAGUAUUUUCUUAAUUUGAGGCAACUUCUAGUUGUAGUCUUUCAUUUAA